ACCUGCUCGGGGCGUGGCCUCCGGCGAAGGCGCGCCUCGAUUGGCGCCGAGGUGACAAAGGGGCGUGGCAUCAUUCGACCACGCCCCUCCAGAGGCUGGAGUACUUAAAGGAGUUGGCGGCGCGUCUCCACUCAGAGCGCAGCGGCACGGCCUCGCGGGUGGAGUGCCUCGCGACCCCUGUGCGAACCGGCGACCCCCGGCUGCUUUGGCCACCAUGCCGCGCUCUUUCCUCGUCAGGAAGUCCGCCUGCUCCCGCCGGAGGCCCAACUACAGCGAGCUGCACGACUCUUCUCCAGAGUUUACCUUCCAGCAGCCCUACGACCAGGCCCACCUGCUGGCGGCCAUCCCGCCUCCCGAGGUCCUCAACCCCACGGCCUCUCUGCCCACGCUCAUCUGGGACUCUCUCCUGGCGCCCCAAGCCCAGCCCAUCGGCUGGGCCGCCCUUCUGCCCCAGGAGGUCCCCAAGGCUGCGGAGCUGACCUCCCUGUCGGACGACGACAGCGGGAAAGGCUCGCAGCCGCCCAGCCCCCCCUCGCCGGCCCCUUCGUCCUUCUCCUCCACCUCGGCCUCUUCCCUGGAGGCCGAGGGUUACGUUGCCUUCCCAGGCCUGGGCCGGUUGCCCGCGCAGCUGGCCGGGCUCUCCGUGGCCAAGGACUCCCAGACUCGCAAGGCCUUCAGCUGCAAGUACUGCAACAAGGAAUACCUCAGCCUGGGCGCCCUCAAGAUGCACAUCCGCAGCCACACGCUGCCCUGCGUCUGUGGCACCUGCGGGAAGGCCUUCUCCAGGCCCUGGCUGCUGCAGGGCCACGUGCGGACCCACACCGGAGAGAAGCCCUUUUCCUGCUCCCACUGCAGCCGAGCCUUCGCCGACCGCUCCAACCUUCGGGCCCACCUCCAGACCCACUCGGAUGUCAAGAAGUAUCAGUGCAAGACCUGCUCCCGAACCUUUUCCCGCAUGUCCCUGCUGCACAAGCACCAAGAGUCAGGCUGCUCGGGGGGCCCCCGCUGACCCUCAAAGCUCCUCUGCCUCUCCAGACCCUCCCCCGGCCAUUGCGGCCUCCAUCCUUCCAACUGCCACGGAUUUCCCUUCUGAGCUCCCCCUUUUGGCUGCGUUUGCCCCGCAGGACUCUGAGGACCUUUUUCCAGUUCUCUCUGCCCUGGUGCCUCGGUGGGCUCUGAGAGAGGCCUUCCCUUGGACGUUUCUGUGAACGGCUGGUGGGGAGGGUGGCUUGCAGCCAAGUGUUCUGGAGUUGGCCUCUCUGUGUGGGUUUGUGUAUCCAGAGGUGUUUGGAUACAGCUGCUUUGAGCUCCGGGACAAAAGCAGACAGACUGAUAGGAAGCUCCCCCCACUCAGGGGAACCCACUCCUCCCCCACCCGGAACCCUCAGGCCACCCCUCCAGGAGGUGUGACUAACCGCGCAGGUUCACCCCCAGGGCCUGUGGGGGCGGUCACUGACACAAGGACUGGUCUGGACCCCAGGUUGCCCCCGGGCCUGGGCAGCUAUUUCAGCCUCCUGUUUGUCAUGGUGGCACCUGUUUCAUGGGCAAUUUAACAACGUCUCAAAAGAGACUGUGAGUAAUUGCUGUCACUUGUUGGGGGCCCGAGUGGGGUGCUUCAGCCUGACCGAUGUGUCUCCCAGAACUAUUUUUGGGGUCUGACAGGUGGGCCUGGGAGGAAGAUGUUUACAUUUUUAAAGGUACACUGGUAUUUAUAUUGCAAGCAACAUUUUGUACUAAGGAAACGUUUUGUAUAGUUAUAUGUACAGUUUAUUGAUAUUCAAUAAAGUGGUUAAUUUAUGUAUUAA